AUGUUGCCUGCUAGCUUGUCAGCUCUGCCAGUCUCAUUUGGCAGCCCAAUCGUGCAACAACCUUUAUUUUUCCAAAAAAAUUUUGAUUUCUACAUAAAAAAAAAACUAAAGCCUGAACAUGUUCAAGGAGCUUGUACUGUUUGUGCACACAACGGCUCGCAACUUUUGCCUUGUGCGUCCCACGGCAGUUGCACGUGGCACUGCUUGCCGUCCGAUGGUGAAGAACUGCAUCUGGGCUAACCUGAUCUUCUUCAUAGCCAUCUUUACGCCGCUCUACGUGUGCCUGCUGAGGGAUGUCUUUGGACUUUUGCGCGACUUGAACUACAAGAUGGCCAGGGGCAAGUAGGAUAGAUCCGUUGCCAAGUGCACCUCACAGGUCAAUUUAUGUUCAGAGUUAACUAAACACACGCACACACAAUCUCGCUUAUAAUAUAUAUAUAAGGAUUUGUUUGUGGCCGCAA